AUGGCAUGUCCUUUCAUAGAAGAGGUGGUGGAUGAGGGAGCUAUAGUCUUGCGGAAGGCAUUUCAAAGAGAGAGAAGUUUCAGAGACAGGUCAGACCCAUUGGCUUUUAAUGACAGCUACCUGUAUGAGCGAUAUAGGUUCUCAAGAGAUGGGAUUGCAUAUAUUUGUAGAUUACUAAGCCCAUACAUUGCAAAUAAUACACGCCGCAACAGAGCGCUCACAGUCCCACAGACGGUGUGCAUUGCACUUCGCUUUUUUGCCAGUGGAACAUUUUUGUACACAGUUGGAGAUGCAGAGAAUAUCAGCAAAGCAUUAGUUUGCCGCUCUGUACGAACUGUGUACCUUUCUUUAAAAAGACUACUCAAUGUGUUCAUCACAUUCCCUGGCCACAAAGCUAUUCGUACCAUUAAACAUGCCUUUUAUGGAAUAGCUGGUUUCCCAAUUGUUAUCGGUGCAUUGGACUGCACCCAUGUGCGUAUUAAGUGUCCGUCUGGUCCACAUGAAGCGGACUUUGUGAAUAGGAAAUCAGUACACAGCAUCAAUAUACAGAUUAGUGAUGCAGAUUGCAUCAUCACAAAUGUAGAGGCCAAAUGGCCAGGCUCUGUGCAUGACUCCAGAAUCUUUAGAGCCUCAUCUCUCUACCAGCAACUAGCAAGAGGAGAAUUCUCAGGAGUUUUGCUGGGAGACAAGGGAUACCCAUGCCUGCCUUACCUCUUGACUCCCUAUCACGAGCCCCAGACAGAGGCACAGCACCACUACAACAUUGCCCAUGCACGCACAAGAGGUCGUAUAGAGAUGGCAUUUGGGCUGAUAAAGUCAAGGUUUCAGUGCCUGAAGCACCUCAGAUUGACUCCACCUAGGGCAUGUGACAUUGUAGUUGCUUGUGUAGUGCUCCAUGACAUUGCUUGUCUGAGGAGAGAGAGGCAACCAAGGAUUGCUGAAGAGGAAGACUGGGGCAAUGAGGCAGUAUUGGAAGAAAACGAAACAGGCAGACUUAUACGAGACACAUAUGCAAAUAAUUAUUUUGCUUAAUAUGAUCUAAACCAUGUGUAGCCUUUAAAAUGUUCCACUGGCCCCUCAACU